AUGUACUACGCCGGAACGUUGUUUACAAUGAUUGGUUACGGAGACGUAAACUGCGUGACGACCGCGGGCCGGAUCCUGACCGUCAUCUACUCAUGCAUCGGCAUCCCACUUAUGCUAAUCACGCUCACCGAUCUCGGCAAGUUCCUCUACCAGGGCAUCAACGGGUGUGUCAAGAGCGUCGACGAUGCGUGGGCCUACCUCGGCAUAUUCCGGAUAUUCACCGGAAAGAAGAAGAAUCGCGUGGAUAUUCGGGUAGAUGAGGUUGAGGCGGCCGAACGGGGAGAAGCCCAAUCGAUCACGUCAAAUCAUUCCGAGAUGGGGAGCACCAACUCGGAUCGCGAAGACGACCUCGAUGAACUGCUUGAAGAGGAGGAGAAAAUGCCGAGAAUGAGCGUGAAGGUGGCCCUCGGGAUCACGAUCGGGUGGAUCUUCUUCUGCUCGGCCCUGUUCCCGAUGUGGGAAGAUUGGACGUACGGCGAGUCGUGCUACUUCAUGUUCAUCUCCUUCUCCACCAUUGGACUUGGCGAUAUCGCCGUCGCACAUAGGGGAAAAAUGGUGCUAUGCUUCGUUUUCGUGAUCGUCGGUCUCUCCCUCGUGUCGAUGACCAUCAACGUCGUGCAGGUGGCCAUCGAGGAGAUGUACAUGGCCUUCUUGAUGAAGCUGAUCAUGGAGUAUCAGGAGAAAAUGGCCGCCGGCGGGGAUCCAAAGGGCGCCAGCAUGGGCAUGAUGCGAAUGUGGGGCAACAACAAAACCGCCAAACUGCUGAUGCCACUGCUAGGAAAAGAAAUGAAACGAACGGCGAUGGAGAAGGUCGAGGUUGAGGCGCAGAAGAAGGGAAUUGAGAUCCCGCCCAUCCUGAAAGACGUCGACCUGGAGACGGGCAUGCCGAAAAUCCUCCAAAUCGCCGAGCAAACACACUCGAAGAAGGGCGAGCCGGACGAGGAUAUUCCCAUGCCGCCAGAGUUGGAGGCAAUGGUCGAAAAACAUCAACUCGAGGUGGCCGAGCAGAAGUCCGAGGAUCAAAGCGAACAAACCGAGGAGAUCGAGGUCGAUGACGAUGCCACCCAAACCGAGGGGACAACUACAGAAAAAACGCCAUCUACGGAACGCGAACAACAAACGGAUCAGGUGGUUGGCUGCGUGGUUGAAACUCAAACGACCGUCCGACACUAUACUGAGGCCGAGACAUCUACUCCACAAAUUAGAACCUCGGAAAAUGAUUCUCAAACCCCACGGUCUCAAACGAACGAGCAAGAGAUCCAGACGUAUAUUUACGAGUAUGCGGAAGCGGAAACGUCGACGGCGGUCGAAACGAAAAACAUUCGAAUACAAACGCCGCACCCACAGAUUAUGGACAAAACGAUACAAUCUGAUGACUUGACGGAAGGCAAAUCCUCAUCCCCGUCAAAAAUGGCGUCGGCGCGGAAGCGGAUACGUCGCGCGCUACGCAUCACCACCGCCAACCAAAAGGGACGGCGCAACACGCUCGACAACGCGCCGGCAAUGACCGACUGGGUGGAGGACGAGAUCGCCGAGGAAGAC